AUGUUCCUAUUCCCUUUUCUCCCUAAAUCUAUAAUUAAACAUUGGAUUAAACACUUCUCUGGAUUUCCUCUUCAGGGAACCGGGCUUAUAGCUCAUUGUAUUAUUGCUCAGCAGCCUCUUCUUGGCAAAAAUCGCUCUUGUUCUACACCUCCAUGUUCUAUUGCUGGAAAACACCAACCUGCCAUUCGAUUCGAUCAAAUGGCUUUCUACGGCCUCUCUGAAUACUAUUACAUAGUGCGCGACCUACUUGGUGAACUAUCAGUUCCUUAUCUCCGCUUAACAUUACACAAUAGAGCACAGGUUUGUCGUACCUUCUUUCUAAAAAACCUUGUGCCAUGA